AUCUCGGAGAUAUCACAUUUCUUACUGAUUAUUGUUUAUUUAGUGAAAAGAGUUCGUGAAAAUGAGUGCGAAAACGAAAUUUACGAAGAGGCCCAAUUCCGAGGUUUUCACUAAACCCAGGCUUGCUCUGAACAGAGUCGCCAGUUUGCAGUUGAAAAAAGAACCGAAAAAAGUUGUACGGGAUGACUCUUUGGACGCCCUGGACGAGCUAGUUCAAUGCGGUAUAUGUCUGGAAAGGUUGUCGGACCCCCGGAUGCUUCACUGCCAACACACGUUCUGCCUGACGUGCCUGCAGACGCACAUAAUAGCCAAAAAUCUGAAAAUCAGGUCCGACAAUACAUCCGUCGAGCAAAUGAAGGUCAACCUGUCGGAAAACGUGAAAAGCUUCCAGUGUCCGAUGUGUCAGAAGGAGGUCGCCCUAGAGAAAGGCUUCGAUUCCCUGGAAGAGCUACCCAAGAACCUCUACAUCGACUCGCUGUUGAAACUGAUGGACGGGGGCAACUCCCCCAUAUCCCCGAAGGUCGUUGACUACAGAUGUGUCAAUUGCAAGACUGUGUCCGAGCAGCAGGAGCACGUAUGUCAGCACUGCAUGCAGAUAUUCUGCGAAGUAUGUUGGAACGACCAUAUAUCUGAGCUGGACACCAACUUGGUGAUGCUGGUUAGGCAAAUCGACGAAUCUGAGAGCAGAUUGAAGCACAAAGCUGAGAACUUUGCCACCCGUUGCGAUCAAUUGAACGACACUGUCAAAGAGUCAGUUGAGCAGAAGAUUGCCUACAUCCAAAAGAUGGAGAAGGUCGUCCUUAAGGAAGUUGCUUCAAUUAAGGAAGACGGCUCGACCAGAUACAUGAACAUCGACAGCAGGAUUUUGGAUUUGAAGGACAAAAUCCAGUAUAAUAUAAAGCAGGGUCGUAAUAGCAACAAGAUCACGACCUACAUGAACCUCCACCGCGAAACAGCGAAAAUUCUGAACGAAGUCUACCACUACGGCGAAGCCAGACUGAUAUUCGACCCGGAAACCUUCAGACUGGAACAAGACACCGAGGGAAUCUACAACGAUACAGAAGAAAGUACCUCCGUCCUCCCCGCGAAAUCAGAGAACCCUUUCGAGAGCGUCGACGCUAUGGUAAAACAUUACAGAUCCAGAUCCUUCGUUCCAAAACUCCUGUGGACCAAAUGUCCCAGACCUGGAGGGGUGGGAAUCCCCCCCUGGGACACCUCCAGACUGCUGAUCGCUGCCAUGGACAGCCACAACGUUCUGGUACUAGACAGGUCUAGAUUCAAGCUCGUAGAACGUAUAAGUCAUCCCGAGAUGAUCUGCCCCAGCGCGUUGGCGUUCUCCAAGUCCAGGAAAGAGAUCUACGUCUCGGAUAAAUGGAAGCACUGCGUCCACGUCUUCUCCAGCGACGGGCAGUACCUGCGGAGCGCUUGCAACGAGCAACUGAGUUGUCCCGAAGGCAUAGCGAUGGGCCCAAACGAAGAGCUCAUCAUCUGCGACACUGGCAACGACAGGGUGUUAGUAGUGAAUUCGGAAACCGGGGCUCUUAUAUCUAUCAUCGGCAGAAGGGGCACAAAGCUACAUGUGCCUACCGGGGUGGCGGUGUACGGUGCUAAUGUUAUUGUAGCAGACACGGGGAAUCAUAAAAUCAAGAUUUUCAACAUGGAGGGUACAAUUCUGCACCAGUUCGGUUCCUUGGGGAGGAACAGGGGGCAGUUUAGGUCUGCCGAGGUGGUCGCCGUGGACUGUCUAGGGUUUAUAUUUGUUGGGGACGGGGGCAACGCUAGGAUUCAAGUGUUCCAGCCGGAUGGCACCCUCGUGAAGAUCUUCGGAAGCGGGAAAGGCUUCAAAUGGAUAUCCGGAAUCUACGUCACGCCGGAACUGGAUAUUAUUGCCACCGACUGUAAGGCUUGCAGUCUAAGGAUAUUUUAAAGGAAGUAAAUGCAUUUGAAAUCUUAAUUUUUUAUAAUAAAUUCUUAAAUUAAGCAUUUUUAGAUUAGGUCUUAAUUACUGAAGUACAUAUAUUUUUGUAUUUUUUUGUUUAACUGUAUGUAUUUAUAAUUUAAUAAUAUUAUAGGGGAUUUGGUAGACUUGAGAUUAUUAAUUUAUAAGUAACUGACGGAAAUUCAAAAAGCCAGUAAAGUUAGUAGAUGAGUGCUAUUCUAGAUUUAUCUUAUUACUAUCUCCACGUCAUGACACCAAAAGUCCCUAACUGAUCAUGAUAUACCUAGCUUAAGAUAUUUUCACAGUUUUUCUUCUUAAUUAAGGAUUAAAAAGAUUAACAGCUGUCUUGCUUUUUUAAAUACUUUCACAAAAUUGUAUAAAUGACAUUUAUCAUAAUAAAUUUCAUAAUCCCUAGGUA